AUGCGCGAGGGCAGAGGCGGCGGAGGCAGGAGCACCGAGCCCGGCCCAAAAGCUAGGAGCCAUUCCGUAGUGCCAUCCCGAGCAGCGCGCGGCCGCAGCUUCUCUGAGCCUUUCCAGCAAGCCUGUUCAAGAUUGGCUGUCAAGAAUCAUGGACUGUUAUUAUAUGCCUUGUUUUCUGUCAUCCUGCUAGGAGGCGCGAGCCAUGCUAGUUUGAUACCUGAGACGGGGAAGAAAAAAGUCGCCGAGAUUCAGGGCCACGCGGGAGGACGCCGCUCAGGGCAGAGCCAUGAGCUCCUGCGGGACUUCGAGGCGACGCUGCUGCAGAUGUUCGGGCUGCGCCGCCGGCCGCAGCCUAGCAAGAGCGCCGUCAUCCCGGAUUACAUGCGGGAUCUUUACCGGCUCCAGUCUGGGGAGGAGGAGGAGGAAGAGCAGCUCCACAGCUCUGACCUGGAGUAUCCUGAGCGGCCCGCCAGCCGGGCCAACACCGUGAGGAGCUUCCACCACGAAGAACAUCUGGAGAACAUCCCAGGGACCAGCGAAAACUCUGCUUUCCGUUUCCUCUUUAACCUCAGCAGCAUCCCGGAGAACGAGGCCAUCUCCUCUGCAGAGCUGCGGCUCUUCCGGGAGCAGGUGGAACAGGGCCCUGACUGGGAGCGGGGCUUCCACCGGAUAAACAUUUAUGAGGUUAUGAAGCCCCCAGCAGAAGCGGUGCCCGGGCACCUCAUCACACGACUACUGGACACAAGACUGGUCCACCACAAUGUGACACGGUGGGAAACUUUUGAUGUGAGCCCUGCAGUCCUUCGGUGGACCCGGGAGAAGCAGCCCAACUAUGGGCUGGCCAUUGAGGUGACUCACCUCCAUCAGACACGGACCCACCAGGGCCAGCAUGUCAGGAUUAGCCGAUCGUUACCUCAAGGGAGUGGGGAUUGGGCCCAGCUCCGGCCACUCCUGGUCACCUUUGGCCACGAUGGCCGGGGCCAUGCCUUGACCCGACGCCGGAGGGCCAAGCGGAGCCCAAAGCAUCACCCGCAAAGGGCCCGGAAGAAGAAUAAAAACUGCCGGCGCCACUCACUCUAUGUGGACUUCAGUGACGUGGGCUGGAAUGACUGGAUUGUGGCCCCUCCGGGCUACCAGGCCUUCUACUGCCACGGGGACUGCCCCUUCCCACUGGCGGACCACCUCAACUCCACCAACCACGCCAUUGUGCAGACCUUGGUCAACUCGGUCAAUUCCAGCAUCCCCAAAGCCUGUUGUGUGCCCACUGAGUUGAGUGCCAUCUCCAUGCUGUACCUGGAUGAGUAUGACAAGGUGGUACUGAAAAAUUACCAGGAGAUGGUAGUGGAGGGGUGUGGGUGCCGCUGAGGCCGGCAGCCCUUGAGGGCGGACAGAGACACACGUUCCCAUCCAGUUCACCCACACACUACACAGACUGCUUCCUUAUAGCUGGACUUUUUAUCUUUGAAAAAAGAAAAAAGGAAAAAAAAAAAACUAAACAUUCACCUUGACCUUAUUUAUGACUUUACGUGCAAAUGUUUUGACCAUAUUGAUCAUAUAUUUUGACAAAAUAUAUUUAUAACUACGUAUUAAAAGAAAAAAAUAAAAUGAGUCAUUAUUUUAAA